AUGCGCCGCAGCUGCUCUGGAAGGCGCGCAAAAACAAGAAUGUCUGAUCCUUCAGACGCGCCUUUCUUCGUAUUGAGGGCAAAGAGCUCAUCGUUUGUGUACAGCAGCGAGCAGAGGGGGCAUGGUCCGAAUCAGCAGCAGGUAUUGGUCCAACGUCGUGGGUGCGGGCACAUUUUUUUUUUCGGUGUGCGUUUUACGACAACCGAAGUUGGUCGUGCGCCCACAGAUCGAGGAGGAAAUGCGCUUUCGCAUACCACAGUGUUCGACACAGUGAUGAUGUGGGACUCGAUGCUGGAGAGUGCAUCCAUACCC